ACAUGAGCGAUGCUGUUAUUAUUCGGAGAUCCAAAACAUAAGAAAGAAAGUAAAUCGUAUUGUUUACGGUUAUUUAUAAUUUACUGUCAACCUUAAUUUGUAUCAAUUUGUAUACAAAAAAUACUUUCAACAAAAUAACAACACGACUAUUAUUUUAUUAUUAGUAUGAUGAUAACGACAUGAAGUUACUAUGGCUGCUUCUACAUUCCUUGUUCGCAAUGGGCCGCCUGUUCAAGCUACCGGAGUUGCUAUCAGAGAAUCUGAGGCUUGGUCAGUGCCUGGCCGAGAGCGCGGAGUCCAUGGACAAGACCAAGAUACUGAGGAUCACAGACCUGGACCCAGGGUUCGAGGUCGAGUGGAAGCCACAGGAGAUGCUGGGUGAUGAGCCAGUUAUGGGGUAUCGCAUAGUUAUCUGGGAAAUAUUACCAAGAAAUACUUUUCCCUCUAAAGAAAUGUCUGCGCCGAUAGAGAGCGAACACUUUUUCGGAUACGGAGAAACCCUCCCUAAGUGGGUUAAAUAUUACGACCCUAAUUUAACCGGGCACGCGACACCGUUCAAAGAACUCAUAGUAAAUGGUCAAGCAAGCAGUGUGGCCCAGUUCAGGUCGGUGCAGCCAGGAGUCUUCUACGAAGUGAGGGUGCAGGCCGUUAGUGAAAGUCUUUUCGGCCCCAUGUCUGACACUUUAGCGAUAAAAUUUGCCGAUACUCCUGAAGAUGCCGAAAAAUAUGCUCCAGUACCAAAGAAUAAGACGUCAGGUACCACGACCACUGAAGAGCCAAUCUGUCCUGAAUGCCACACACAAGAAGAGUGCAGUGGUUGCCAGUCGUGCCGCGAGUGCAACCGAUGUCCUGUCUGCGACCAGUGCAGGGUCUGCCAUCCCACCUGCGAGAGAAAAGAUCAAAAAGGUGACGAUGAGUGCACAGAAAGUGAAGAAUGCAAUCAAAUCCCAGACGUUUGUAAUAAGCCUGAUGACCCAGAUGAUGAACCCAGUGCGCUGUGUCCAGAAGAUCGGACGACAACUAAAAAACCAAAAUCAACUAAAACUAAAAAGCCGAAAUCAACUAAAAAGCCAAAGAACCGUGGCAAAACUGAGGGUACACGGAAACCUAAUAAUAGAAAGCCAGGUGACAGACGAAGGCCAAGUGAUCGAACGAAACCUGAUGACCAGCGUGAUGAUAGGCCACGUGAUCGAAAGAAACCUAAGGAUCACCGUGAUGAUAGGCCACGUGAUCGAAAGAAACCUGAGGAUCAGCGUGAUGAUAGGCCAAGUGAUCGAAAGAAACCUGAUGAUCAGCGUGACGUGACGUGCGGUGAACCAUGCGGUCCUUUCGAAUCACGUCAUGACAAAAAGAAAAAAAAGUCUAAAACACCGCAAUGGAAAAUUCUAGGACUACGAAUGACUGAUGGGCGGAUUGUUUGACUCCCAAUUAUAAGUCCAGUCUUAAAUGAUUAAGUUUAAUAGUCCAUGGUUAUGUGCCUGUUCCAUCUCAUAUCUAACUCGAUAAGUAACGUUUAAUUUUAACAGUUUUGUAAGUUUUGUUGUUAAGACGCUUUAUAUUAGUUUUAUUUAUAAACGUUUGUCUUGUAAGGUUGA